GUGUUGUGUGGAUGCCAUCGCAAUGGCACUUCAGGAUAGGGACAAAAAGCCUUGCCCAGGAUGCUCAUCAUGCCUUAUAGAGCCAUACAUCCGCUGCAUUGUUUGUGGACCACCAAAAGUCUGUAUUUGUUUGCAGUGUUUUUCUCAUGCUUGGGAAGAUGGUAAACACCAGAGUGACCAUGAUUAUGAAAUUAUCGCAAACCAGUUUUCAGUUUUGGAUUCCAGCUGGACUGCUAAGGAAGAACUUAAGUUCCUAGAUGCUAUUGGAGAUUGUGGCCUGGGAAACUGGCAAGAUGUAGCUGUGCAGGUGCAAACAAAAACAAAAUUGGAAUGUGAACGACACUACAAUCGUGUCUUCAUCAACAACUCUAGAGGGCUCUUUCCAAGUCUGCCUCAGUUGACAUUGGUACGCAGGGAUCCAAUCAUUUGCCGAAUGAGUGAAGAUCCUCCAAGACCAAGCAAAGAAACACAACGAGCUGACAUGGCUGGUUACACACCUGCUAGGGGAGAUUUCAAUGCUGAAUUUGACAAUUAUGCAGAGCAUGAUGUAUUAGAUAUCUACUUUCAAGGUGAAGAAGAACCAUUACUGGAGCAGUUGAAAGUAGCUGCUGUAGAUAUAUAUAGUGAAAGGUUACAGGAGAGACAGAGACGCAAACGGAUGGUAAGAAACUAUGGUCUGAUUAACAUUGCUAAGAUACAAAUGACCGAACUUGGCUAUGACAAAGUUACUAAGGAGCUGAAUAAGAGUCUGAAUCCAUUCAUGAAGCUACAGACGCCGCUUGCCCAUGAUAAGUUACUGGAGGGUCUUAUAUAUGAAAAUGAUCUAAAAAAAGAAGUGAAAAGAUUACAGGAAUUUAGAAGGAAUGGAAUAAAAUCUUUCAAAGGUGCACGAUUGUUUGAUCAGUUGAAACGACGUCGUGAGCGAUCCAAUCAACAACGAACCAAUCAUCUAAGCCACGUUCUCAACAGCACAGAAGAUCCGGGAGCCUGUUGCCAAUUACUUCAGCGGUUUGCCCUUCUUGAAGCAGGACACACAGAGCUUCCUCCAAUAAUUCCGUCAAUGAGACGAGCUGCACCACCUCUUAAUCUACUAGAUUUUCCUGGAUAUGAAAGAUUGAAUGAGAAAGAACGUGAAAUGUGUGCAUCUGUACGAAUCAUACCCGAAGCAUAUUUUGAAUAUAAACGUAUCUUCCAAGCGGAGUAUCAGAAGCUUGGCUAUCUAAAACUAAAGCAUGCCCGCAACCUGAUACGAAUAGACGUCAACAAGAUCCGCAAACUCUUUGAUUUUCUCAUCAAGGAAUGUGUGAUCAGUAAUGGUAAUGAAACAGAAGAAGUAGACCGUUUUGAGCCCGUAAACCGUUUUGAGCCCGUCAGUUGAGUGAAAAUUGCCUAUGGUUUUAAUCCAGUGCUCCAGCCCUAAUGGGACUGAGAACCUUAAUGGGGCUUAGUAUGGGCUAGAGCAGAGGUGGUCAUAAUAAUGGAUUGGAGGCCAAAGUGAAUUUUUUAAUUUAACACUGAUGGCUGCACCCACACUUUGACAUUUCCAGAAAACCUUCACGUACUGCUUUUAUACUCAGUUUUAAUGUUAUUUCUUAAAGAAGAUCGGUGUCAAGCAGUAAAAACAAGGGCUUUUCUAGCCAAAGAUGGUAGGCAGGCCGCACAUAUGGUUGCUGCGUACUGCAAAAACCUUGCCAACAGGCUGCACUUUGCCCACCUGUGGCCUAUGAUUUUAAUGAUGGCUGGAGCACAGAUAUAGGAACAUUUCAUUAUUUUUUCUCUGUCUUCCUGAUGGGUGGAGCUAAUUUGAAUAAAUGCUAUACAUCUUACCAGUGUUUUUCCUGCAGAUCUGGAAUAUAAACUCACCCGAUCUGGAAUACUUUAUAAACUCACCCGAUGUGAACUCUGAACCGAGUGUUAGAUCUACUGCUGUGUAGGCUGGUUUGAAUGGGUGUGGUUGGUCUGAGUGGGCUGGUUUGAUAUGAGUAGGCCGGGAUCACCUGAGUUCCAGUGUCCUGGAAUGAUGUGAGUUGGUUUGAAUGGUUUUGUCUAAGUGGCAAGUGUGAUCGGUAAUCACCAUAGUGUGGGCUGAAUGGUGGCAAGUAUGGUUCUUCCUGGUAACCUAUGCAUUUCAGGGAUGUCAAUAACAUGUGAACAUUUGAGAUGGUGUGAUGUGCAAAAGCAAUAAAAGUCACCUAAGUUAUCUUACUGUAGUUGUUUUCAAGUGAUAACUUACAGCUUAUGACGAUCAGAUAUGCAUUGUUGUACGGUUCAAGUUAUUGGUAACAGGAAGUUUAAAAGUUUUCACAGAAUUGUAUACACCAACCACUGCACGUAAUCACAAAUCAUUCCCAGUGUUAAUAAUUUGAAUACAGUAUGAAAAACACAAUUUGUGCAAUCUAAAUUUUAAUUCAUGCCACAUGAAAUCAGUUUUCAAAUUACGAUUAUUUUAAUUGGUUAUUGUUAUUAUUUUUAGUGUAUUAUUAUUUUUACAAAACUUAUUUAUUUGUACUUCAUUGACUAGAACUAAAAUUGGCAGAAGGAAGAACAAAUUUUGGGAAAAAGUUUUCAGCCGUGCAAAAUACUUUCAUUAGUGAAUGUAUUCAUUAAUUAGGCAAUCAAAUAACAGGAAUAUAAGGGUGUGUUGUAUAAUGUUGUAUUAAUUGGCAUUAAAUGUUUAAAUAUUCAAAA